GCACUUUCAAAAAACCGGCCGCCUCCAUGUGCCACUUGUUGUGAUGCUUUUCUCAGUAGUAAAUCUAGUCUUGUGUGAUUUGCUUUCUUCUUUUAAUAACUAAACAAUCAUUGGUUUUUUAAACACCGUGGUGUAAGUACAUAAUAAAUUAAAGCAAUGGCUGCUGAAGAUAUUGCCCAGCUUACAGAGGCUCUUGCCAAGACCCAUGUGGGGGAAUUAAGUUAUAAGGGACUAGGGCUAAAACUGUGUAAUGUAGAGUCGGUCAAAGAAAUGGUGCAGGACAUUGAACAGUUUCAGGGUCUGCAGUCCCUCAGAUUGGAGGGAAACACAUUUGGGGUGGAGGCAGCACAGGGCAUUGCAAAAGCUCUUGAAGCUAAAAGUGAACUGCAGCAAUGCCACUGGAGUGACAUGUUUACAGGACGUCUUCGCUCUGAAAUUCCACCUGCUCUGAAAUCAUUGGGCAGUGCAUUGAUGACAUCAGGGGCCCGACUGACUCAGCUGGACCUGAGUGACAAUGCUUUCGGGCCAGAUGGUGUAAAGGCAAUUGAAACUCUGCUCAAGAGCCCUGCCUGCUACACCUUACGUGAGCUCAGACUUAAUAAUUGUGGCAUGGGCAUCGGAGGGGGUACAGUCCUCGCUUCUGCAUUGACUGAAUGCCAUAAGCGGUCUAUUGCAGCUGGCACCCCCUUGAGGUUAAAAGUAUUUAUAGCUGGACGCAAUCGGCUGGAGAAUGAUGGUGCCACUGCCCUUGCCCAAGCAUUUAAGUUGUUAGGCAGUCUUGAGGAGGUCCAUAUGCCACAGAAUGGAAUCAACCAUGCUGGUAUAACUGCUUUGGCCACUGCCAUGCAACAGAAUCCAAACCUACAGGUCCUCAACCUCAACGACAACACUUUUACUAAGAGAGGAUCAGUAGCCAUGGCAGAGGCCAUCAAGCACCUCCAGUAUCUUAAGGUCAUCAAUUUUGGGGACUGUCUUGUACGCUCAGAAGGUGCUCUUGCUAUAGCAUGGGCACUUAAAGAGGGACUGCCUCAUCUCAGGGAGCUGAAUUUGUCAUUUGGAGAGAUUACAGAGGCUGCGGCUUUGGUAGUUGCUAAGGCUGCACAGGAAAAAGCCGAUCUGGAGAAACUAGACCUCAAUGGAAACUGCUUCGGAGAGGAAGGCUGUGAGGCUCUCAGGGAAGCUAUGGAGCGCAUGAACAUAGGGGAUAUGCUGGGCUCGCUCAGUGAUGAUGAAGGAGAGCCAGAUGAUGAUGAGGAUGAUGAUGGAGAUGAGGGGGAAGAUGAAGAUGAUGAAGAUGCAAAAGAAGAAAAUGGUGUUAAUGGAACAGAAGAUGUUAGUGAAGAAAAGGAAAGACCUUGCUACAGUUGUGAGCUUAUGACCUUUCUCAGUUCCCCAUCAGCUGAGAAAUUGAUCUCCCUUGAAACCAAGAGGAUCCAACUCCUCGAGCAGAUUGAUGUUUCGGAUGCCUGUGAAGUGUCAGAAGUUUUUUUUAAGAUCUCUUCAGUCUAUAAGGACGAACCAGAAGUAAAACAGGCUGUAUUUGAGAGCACCGAUGCCCUGUUGAGGAAAGCUUUUUCCAUCUCUCAGUCGUACAGUUUUAUCACCUCGCUUAUGAUAAACCUGGGACUUUUAAAGAGUGAGGAUAAGAAGGUUAAGAAUGUGUUUGUGUUGGCUGGACACUUGCUAGCUCUCGAGCACGCAGCUGCACAGGACUUCUUCCCACUCGAUCAGGCUUUCGUUCUGGAAUCAUUCAUGUCACGACAUGGAAAAGUCUUAGAAUCCUGUUCCACAGCAAGGGAUGCUCUCAUGACCACACUGGCAAAAAGGACCACUGCUUAAAUCUUCAUCUCUAAAAUGAGCCACUGAAAUCUCUUUAUACGGGUCAAAACUGGACUAUUGCAAAACUUGACAGCCUUUGUGAAACUUUUUAAACUAUAUUGUAGCUUAUCUUUGGUCAGUCAAUUCUGCAUCCAUUUUCUCACACAAAACUAGUGCCUCAAGAUGACUAGACCAAACUGAAUUACCUUGCAUAUGUUGACUGUUAGAUUAGAGCUUUAAAUAAGAAUGGUGUGAUGUACUUAUGUCUCUUUUUUUUAGAAAUAUUUCAUCUAUUUUUAUACUACUUAAAUGGGAGAAAAGGAAAUAAGGCACUGGAUGAUAAUUAGGGCUUAAUUAUCUCUUCAAUGAUUGUAAUGUUAAAACUGUCUGACGUGUCUUAAUAAUAGUGGAGGAUAAUGCACUUGCAGUGUGUCUCAUAAUGUGAAGUAUUGAUAGUAGAAAUCAAAACAACAGAUGUGGAAAUGCAUACAAUGAGAUUCAAGUGAAGAAAGUGGAUUAGUGGUUUUAAAAAAUUACAUCUGGACAUCAUAUGUAAUAUUAAAGCAGGUAUACACUGUGUAUUUGUUAUAUUGGCAACAUUCCGUUUUGUUAUUAAAAGUAAUUAUUUUCAUUGGAGAAAAUCU